AUAAAUGCGCUUAAAGAUUUAGUGCGGUAGGCGCAAUUAUCAAAACCACCAAAACUUAAUACAACAUUCAAUAGUGGUUGAUGUUAAAAGAAGGGAGUUUCUUUUUUAUCGUUUGUAUUAUUUUGUGUAGUUUAAGAAGAAACAAGUAACUUCAUCAUCCAAGUAUGAAGUAUGUGAAACAUCAGUCAGUUCACAACGGUACACAGUUUUAGCUCAGUAGCUUAUAGCAGUAGAAAGUAGAAACACACUACUCUACACAGAAAACAAAAACAACAGCACAAAAGAUCAAAAUUUAAUCAAUAAAGCCGAGUUUGUCGUUUGGAUCUUCUUGUACUUCAACUUUGUGGUAACUAUGACUUCUAUAUUCCAGUGAUCGACCCUUCACAUGGGUCAAAAAAUUUCAAUGCUUGAGACCCUUUUGAGAUUCCCUUGUGGUCGUCUGUAAUCACAGGGAUGUAUAAGAAUCAGUUGCAAGAAUUAGCUCAGAGAAGCUGUUUCAACUUGCCAUCGUAUUCCUGUAUCCGAGAAGGACCGGACCAUGCCCCUCGCUUCAAAGCUACAGUUAACUUCAAUGGGGAAAUAUUUGAGAGUCCAACUUUCUGCAGUACUCUCAGACAAGCCGAGCAUGCUGCAGCUGAGGUUGCACUUAGUGCGCUUGCAAAGAAAGGCCCCUCUAAAGCCCUGGCUGCAAGAGUAUUGGAUGAAACUGGAGUUUACAAGAAUCUACUUCAAGAAACAGCUCACAGAGCUGGGCUGAAACUGCCGGUUUACACAACUGUUCGAUCUGGACCAGGCCAUUUUCCGGUUUUUUCUAGUAUAGUGGAACUUGCUGGAAUGAGCUUUACGGGAGAACCUGCUAAAACAAAGAAGCAAGCACAGAAAAAUGCAGCAUUGACUGCUUGGUCAGCCUUGAAAAAAUUGUCAAGGUCAGCUUCUUCAUCCUCUUCCUCUCCCUUUUCUUCUUCUCCAUUUUCAGAGACUGGAACAAAUGAUGACCAAGAACAAGUAAUUAUUGCCCGUUAUCUUGCUACUCUAAAACCACCAGAAACGAAAAAUUCACAACAAAGAGAAAGGCGACUUGGGCGGGGUUCAGGUCCCAUUUGGAGGGAUGUAGUCCCAUAUGGUGAUACUAGAUCAUAUUCUCUGCAGCACCAAAAUUGGCGGUGCUCGCAGUUUUCUCCAGAAUUGUCUAUGUACCAUACUUAUCCCCAAGAAAGACCAUCGCAGCAGCAGAACCACCUGUUGGCACUUUCAUCUUUACCAAUUUCUCCCCCUAGACCUCACUUUUUUCCAUUUAUUAGAUCCUUAUUCCAGCCAGAUCAUGGACAAUGUUUCCUGGAGCAGGCACAAGAACCUGUUUCCCUUGUUCCCGAAAUUGGCCCUUUUCUCUAUUUCUCAAACCGUGUGAUGCCUGUUCCUUUUAGGAAUGUUUCCCAAGUCACUAUACAAGAGAUAGAGGAAAACUCUCAAAUAGAAGAGGAAUGGGCUAAGGGCGAUGGAGGUUCCAAUUGUUGGAAAAACAAUUUCCCUUCAAAUGUACCCAGGCUUCCUCCAACUGAAGUUUCAAAUUCUUUGGUUACCCUCACCAGUCAUUCUGAGCAUAAAAUGCAGGUGCUUCAGGAGAGGGAUGAAGAGAAAAGUGGUGGUUCAGCACCCACUGUUAGAAACUCAAUUCAAUUGCAUAGCAACCAAAUUGAACAGUAUAAUUGGAUUCCCCCCGGAUUCAUGGAUGCUAGUUAUAGAACCAGUGCAAUUAGCACAGACAGGAACAAGUUCCGGUUACAAAACUCAGAUGGCUUUGACUAUCUGCGGCCUAAUGUUAGAGCUCCAAACACCCCCAUGACUAGCUCUCCAGCAUCAGUCAAGAAUUUUGUGCCAGCUUCAUUUGCAGCCCCUGUGACGAUCAGAACAGCUGGUGCCAUAUCCACCAGUAGCCUCAGAACUGAGAGUUCAAAUCCUCUUAUGUGUGCUCCACCUCCAGUAAGGAUUGCAGCAUCUGCAUGUUCAUCAAGACCUUGGCCUGAAGGCAUGAAGAACAUGGGAAGAAGGCCUUCAGUUAAUUUUAUGGCACCUGCAGUUCAUGUCCGGUCAGUUGUUCCAGUUUGUUCAGCUCCACCUAUUAAGAAAGCUCCAGAUCCCGGCAUGGAGCAAUCAUUUCCAGGGGCCGAGAAGAGAACUAAAGAACCAAGAGGGGACACAUCAGCUGCAAGUUCAGACUUUAGUAAGCUUCAAAUUUGAGCAGCGGAUAAUCUUUUGAGUCUGUGUGCAUAGUUCUAGUUGUUAAAGGCUGUUAGUGAGAUAAUUUAAUGUUGUCUAUUCCAUAUAUAUAUAUACAUAUACAUAUAUAGUGACUCAGAAU